GUUCCUUUUCUUGUUCUUACUCUGCCUCUGUGAACCUCCCUUUAAUUACUUACCCAAAAGCAUAUUUCCACCAUGCCGCCAUCUCUCUUCUUAAUCAUCACAAGUAUCCAUGGCCCCUAUUACUCUUAGUCUCUCUAGCUGUUUUAUCAUAAAACCCACUUCAAAAUUCACAUUCCUUAGCACUAAAAUUAUUACCAAACCUCAAAAGAUUUCAAUUUUAGCUAUGGCUACAACUCCUGCUGCUACGGUGUCCCCUGCUGUGAUCGUGGGUGGUGGAAGAGUAGGACGGGCUUUACAAGAAAUGGGUAAUGGUCAAGAUUUACUUGUGAAGAGAGGAGAGCCUGUUCCACUUGAUUUUGAGGGUCCAAUUCUUGUUUGUACAAGAAAUGAUGAUCUUGAAGCUGUUCUUGAAGCUACUCCUAAGUCUAGAUGGAACGAUUUGGUCUUUUUCCAGAACGGAAUGCUGGAGCCGUGGCUUGAAAGUAAAGGGCUAGAAGAUGCAGACCAAGUGCUGGCAUAUUUUGCUGUUGCGAAGCUUGGAGAACCUCCUAUUGAUGGUAAGACCGAUACCAAUCCUGAAGGACUGACUGCAGCUUAUGGAAAAUGGGCUGCUGCUGUGGCUUCAAGGUUACAUGCUGGUGGCCUAUCUUGUAAGAUCCUUGACAAGGACGCUUUUCAGAAGCAAAUGUUAGAGAAGUUGAUCUGGAUUGCAGCAUUCAUGCUUGUUGGAGCUCGUCAUCCAGGAGCAACUGUUGGUGCUGUGGAGAAGGAAUACCGAUCUGAGGUUUCUAGCCUUAUUGCAGAACUUGCAUCUGCAGCAUCUGCAGAAAAAGGGAUAGUAUUUGAAAAUGGUGUUGAGGAAAGAUUAUGUGCUUACUCAAGAGCUGUUGCCCACUUCCCAACAGCUGUGAAAGAGUUCAAAUGGAGGAAUGGCUGGUUCUAUUCUCUCUCUGAGAAAGCCAUUGCUGAAGGGAAACCCGAUCCUUGUCCCCUGCAUACAGCCUGGCUUAAGGAGCUAAAAGUUAUAUAGACUAUUAGCAUUUCACUUUAGUUAUGAACUAAAACACAUUUCUUAGGAGUGCCUGUAGAAAAUACCGGAAUAUGUUUUCUUCCGCUUCCUUGACAUGGAAGUUCAUUGUAAUUCAUUGCAUAUUUUGAUCUCUGUUUGCAAUUUGGCUGCUGAAACUUGUUCUCA